AUGCAUCGUCAUUACGAAGCCGAUUACGUGGUUCCUUGCGUUCUUCGUCUCUUGGGAAAAUAUUUCAAAGCUGAACAUCAAACUAGCGGUCCAUUGGCAAUUGUUAGUCUCACCGCCGAUCCAACUUUAAUCGAACGAACUGUCCUCGUGGUCUUCAACGAAGACCCCAAACACGAAUUCGCCUUGAUGACAAAGUACGCAACUCGUUACCACAUGCCCGAGCUGCAUGUCACAGGCCAAGCUCAAAAUUAUUUCAUUCUCGUCUCCAAAGCGAAACAACUCACAGAAACGCUAAUCCAAUUAUCGAGCAUGCCAACGUGGAAUCCGCUGGCAAAUUUUGUCAUUCUCUUCACAAAAGUCCUCAACGAGACAUAUUUGGCAGACCAAACGUACAAAAUGAUGGAAGAGCUCUUCACGUACUCCGCUUACAACGUUUAUGUGUUGUCGCAGCGCCAAGGCACCUACAUGAUCCAAAGUUUCACGUAUUUUCCGUACGAGGCGGACAAUUGUGCGACAAGCGUGAAAAAUAUCAAACUCGUUGACGAGUGUUUUAAUGAGAAGGAAACGCAAUACGAUCCGGAUAACACGAGUGUCAUUGAACAUCAUCAGGAUUUGUAUCCGAAAAUACCGAAAAAGUUGCACAAAUGUUACCUGAAUGCGUCGGUUUUUGAUCUGGCGCCGUAUGUGGUGACACGAAACGAACAAGUUGAGCAAGGAAUUGAAAUUUUGAUGCUCAAACAAAUUGCGAAUGAGCUCGAUAUGGUGCCAAUUUACAAUAUGAUUGACAAGGAAGUCGUCAAUUCGCUAACGACAGAUGAUAGGGAGAAUGGAAUUUAUUCGGAUGUUCUUCGAGGAAUUUCUGACGUAAUGGUCGGCGGAUUCUUCGAAAACUCCAUAAGUCGUCAACUUUUGAGCUCUACCGUCCCAUAUUACCAAGAUGAUCUCACCUGGUGUGUCCCAAACGCUGAACUCGCUUCCAACUGGACCAACGUUAUCGGAAUUUUCAGUCUCACAACAUGGAUGUUGACCUUCAUCGCAUUAUUUCUCUCCAGCAUUCUAAUUUUAAAGUUUGCCCGUCUCGAGGAACAUCAAAAUCACGAAAAUUUCUCGUGGUCCAUCAUGAUCUCCUUCGCUUAUACCAUGAGUAAUGCAGCACAUUUCUUUCCGGCACGCAUUAAUGUCAUGAUUUUCACGUCGAUUCUCAUGUUUUAUGCAUUGCACAUCAACAUCAUCUAUCACAGCUUCUUGAUCACCGUACUCACACGACCGAAAUACGAACCGCAGAUCGACAACCAGGCAAUGGCAGUGCAUGCGGGCAUGACAUUUUAUGGAAAUGAAGACACGCUGGCACACUUUAAGAACAAGAAAAACGACAAAAUCUCGCAAAAAAUCGUAAAUUCCUUCAAAGUAUGCAAAGACAUCGAUGCAUGCCUCGCCAUGAUUCAAACGGAAAAAUUAAUUGCUGUUGCGGUGUCGCGCCAUCAUUCCGACAACAAUCCAACAAUUUCGCCACGUGACAUGUCAUGUUUCCCCAAAAGUGCCGAUAUUUACACGUAUUCCGUGUCGAUGUUGACGAAAAAAUAUUAUCACCUACUGCCGAAGAUGAAUUACGUAAUACGAGGCAUUACGGAGUCGGGUUUGCUGAAAAAGUGGCAAGAAGACUUGGAAACCGUGAAAUCCGAAACGAAACAUAGCUCAGGGGGACACGGCGGAGGAGAUGUGGUCAAAUUGCGAGUUCGUCAUGUCGAAGGAGGCUUUUUGUUGUGGGCUCUCGGCUUAAUUUUAGCAACUUUGGCAUUCGCGGGCGAACAUUUCAUGCAUUGGGCCUUCAUGACAAACCGUUUCAAUCGAAUUCUCGCUGAAAUUGAUAGAUUAUUCUGUUGA